AUGACGUUGAAGGUCAACAAGAUAUUGCAUCACGAGAAAUCAAAGUACCAAGAUGUUCGUUUUGGUUUUGAGAGCAGUGACUAUGGGAAUGUUCUUGUUCUGGAUAAUGUCAUCCAGUGUACUGAGCGUGAUGAGUUUGCGUACCAGGAGAUGAUCACGCAUUUAGCUAUGAAUUCUCACCCCAGUCCUAAAAGGGUCCUGAUAAUUGGUGGUGGUGACGGUGGUGUCCUUCGCGAAGUUGUCAAGCAUGAUGCUGUUGAAGAAGCUAUUCUUUGUGAUAUUGAUGAGGCCGUGAUCCGUCUUUCAAAACAAUAUCUCCCUCACAUGUCUAAGGGUUUCCAGAAUCCCAAAACAACUAUUCACGUCGGUGACGGGUUCAAAUUCCUAUAA